CUUCGAGAGUAUAUGGAACCUAUGCUGACGAACCUUUGACCACCGAUUCAAGCCUUGCAAACUCCGCUCCGACAGCUCACGGAGCUUCUUCAUCAAAUCUAUCAACGCGGUCUUGACCGUGUCUAGUGUGGUUUUCAGCUGGUUGGCUCGGUGGACCUGUAGCCUCAGCUCAUAAGUCAUCUCUUUUAGAGUCAGGUGUGAACCCGGGGUCUAAUAGAUCCUCCUUGUUUUCAGCCAUUUCCCGCAACACUUUCCAAUCUAAGUUUUCCCUCUUCCUCGUCUGGUUUGUAAUAUCCAGGAACCUAAACCACACCGUGGAUGAGAAAGGAGAAGUCAAAGAGCCGAAGAGCUGGCGAUACCGAGCCAUCGACUGAACAGUGCCGGCAAGUGGCAUGAUGGUCAGCUUCACGCCAACUGCAAUCACUUCGGCGACAAGACGAGCUUCAUCAUCGCUGAUGUCUUCACCUCGCUGGAACUUCUCAAGCGGUUUCCUGUGUUUCUCUUCAAGGUCGAAAGCAGGUUGCUCAACUUCAUUUGGGCGAACAUCAGGUGGUUGGGGGAGGGGAUUCGAUUUAUUGUUCUCAAGGUUUGAAGUCAUGAGAGGAUGCUCAGACUCAUCAUUUCGAUUGCUCAGUGACGGAGAGUGUCUCGGCUCAAUAGAUCUGUUGGGUGAUGCCAUGUUGGGUGUAAGUAGAGCUGGUUCACUUCGUUUCUCCCGUUGACUCUGCCGACGCAGUAAGUGACUCGGUUUCCCUCGUCGGUUCGGGGGGAAUAGAGGGCGUCUAGGUUUAAAGUCUCGGUCGGGCUGAUCAACACGACGGCUCAUAGAAGGGGAGGUACUCUUCUCGCUAAGUUCUUCGGCGAUAUCUUGAAGGGGUGCCGAGUCAAGGGGAUCUAAUACAUCUCCCUGAUUGCUUCGGAUGCUGGCGGACCGUCUCGGUUCAACGCCUUGGGUUUGCUUGCGUUUGCUGGAGCGUAGUACAACCAUGUAGAAAGAGUGUACUAAGAUAUAGCCAGGAAAGGAGUUUGAGAUUCCACGAUGUAGAGGAGUGUAGUUAUGAGGAAUUUCGAUGGCAGUGAAGUUCAAUAGAAGUCUGGCGUUGUCCCCGAAGGAGCUUGAGUAGAGUAUGUAUGAAUGUAAGUGAAGGAGAAGAAGUCCAAGAUCCAGAGG